AUGGAAGGGGAACGGGCCGGAGCAAGCCCCCAGGACGCAAUAGUCAUUGAUUACGACGAUGCUGUAUCCUCUGACAGAGAUCGAGAAGUGAUCGACCUGGAGCGACGUGUUCAGGAUUAUCGUCCCCACAGAAACCGCUCGCUCGCGUCGCAAACAAGCGAAGGCAUCGAUGAAGAGAAGGAUGACGACCUCGCGAGUGCGGCCUUAGCCGAUUUUGUCGAUCUCACAGUAGAUGACGAGCCGGUUUUCAUCAGAGAGUCGUCGCGGCGCAGGUACCAGGCACCACGGGUACAAGAGCGGUUUCACAGCGAGAUCACAAAGGGCCGCGGAGGUGUCCACGUACAGAGAAUCAAGAUCGACAGGGUGUACGAGCUAGAUCCCGAGCAAGUUCCCAACUCAGCUUUCGGCAUAGAGUUCAUCCUAGUCAACGAGAUUGCAGAAAACAACCAGACAGGAGAGUUCACAGUUCGCGGCCUCCCACUCUGCCGUUCUCGCACGCAGAUGGGAAAGUUGCCUCGAAAGCUCAAUGAGGUCUUUCUGCUCUAUGAACUCGACGAGAACGAUGAUAGACCUGCGCAGAUACAGGGAAGAGUUGAAGUUCCCUGCGCCGCCAUCAUUCGCCCUCGGUCUCUCAACAUGACCAACGCGCCAUACCCAUUUCACCGGUACGACCCUCGAAUUUUCGGUAAUCUUGAUGCAAUCAAGACUGAGGGCCCACUGGUGUGCCGCUGGAGUUUCUUUGUUCACUAUCGGAAUGCAAGACAGAAGAUUCUGGGCAAAGCGCAUCAUUGGACGCUGGAACGCGUUCGAGCAGACGAUGUGAAGAAGGAGAACUUGCGGGUUGAAGAGGAAAUCUUGAGAUCGGACUGGCGAGGUGAGGUGGUCCUUGGGGGCUCUUAUAACCCUGGUUCCCAGGCCUUGACUCCCAGCUCUAUGAAUAUCCAGCGCUACACGGUUUUCGAUUCUUUCUCCGGCGCUGGAGGGUUUUCGCGCGGAGCUGAGCGAGCAGGCUUACACAUACAAUAUGCGGCCGAUCACUGGGACAAGGCAGCUAACAGCUAUCGACUCAAUUUUCCUGAAACCUUGCUCUUCCAGCAAUCAAUCGAUGAAUUCCUGCUCAGUUACAACGACGUACCCAUGCGCACCGACCUUCUGCAUCUAAGCCCGCCGUGUCAGACCUGGUCUCCAGCUCACACGAUCCCAGGGCAGAACGACGAGGCGAAUAUCGCCGCUUUGUUUGCGUGUCGAAGUCUCGUGGAGAAGUUGAGGCCGCGAAUCUUCACGCUGGAACAGACCUUUGGCAUCCUGCAGAGUUCUCACGACCCCUUCUUCUGCUCCCUCGUCGGCGGAUUCACUGAAUUCGGCUAUUCGGUAACCUGGAAGAUCGUUCAUCUCCAGACCUGGGGCUUGCCUCAGACCCGCAAGCGACUUAUCAUGAUCGGAGCUUGCCCUGGAGAGAAGCUGCCGCCGUUCCCUACUGCAACACAUUCCGAAACGGGGGCCGGUGGCCUCAAGAAAUAUGUCACCAUCAGACAAGCCUUGAGCAAAAUCGAUCACAGCUCAACAUUCCACAAUCCUGACGAAGAACUGAAUAACAGCCCUCCCCCAUCUGGCUCUGUCGUCAGCAACCCCGAUGAGAUUCUGCGGCGGUGUGUCACCUGUUCCGGCGGGCAGAACAGGCAUUACAGCAACACUCGGGCGUACACCGUCCGCGAGUUCGCAAGUCUUCAGGGUUUUCCCGUCUGGCACCAGUUUGCGCCUGCAUCCAAAGCCGUGUUGAAAAAGCAGAUUGGCAACGCAUUCCCCGCUUGCGUCGUCCGUCUCCUGUGCGAGCAUCUCAAGAACUGGCUCUUGGAAGUCGACGGCCUUGCGCCUCAAAGAGCUGCAAGAGCGAGCGUUGGCGGACGCGAGCUGGUGUUCAUUUCAGAAGGACCUCGUUCGGCGGAGGCUGUGCGACCUCUCAUCAUGCCCUCAUUGGAGAUUGAUAUCGACGGUGGUGGCUCAUCUGACAAUGCCAUCACCGUCAUCGACGAAGACGACCAAGUGGAGAUAAAAUUUGACUUUGGCCCCGACCUCGACAUGGCGAUGGAAGAUCUUCCUGCCUAUCCCGACUCUCCAAGAUCUGCGACCAUGUCACUCCCUAGCUCCCCGGAGCCACCCCAGGCAGGCUGCGUUCAAGAUUUACCGAUUAUGAUUAUCGACUGA